AUGUCGGCACUCCUUAAGCAAAGAGUCAGAUACGCUCCAUACCUUGACAAGCUCAGAACUCCGGAGCAGUGUAUUGAGCUCUUCAAACAUGGCCAGUAUCUUGGUUGGUCCGGAUUUACUGGAGUGGGAGCUCCUAAGGUGAUUCCUACUGCACUAGCCCAACACGUCGAGGACAACAACCUUCAAGGAAAGCUGGGUUUCAACCUGUUUGUGGGAGCUUCGGCCGGCCCAGAAGAGUCCAGAUGGGCAGAGAACUCCAUGAUCCUUAGAAGAGCUCCUCAUCAGGUUGGAAAGCCCAUCCAGAAAGCUAUCAACGAUGGUAGAACUCUUUUCUUUGAUAAGCAUCUGUCGAUGUUCCCCCAGGACCUGACGUACGGCUACUACACCAGAUUCAAGGAGAACGAUCUCUUGGACUUCACCAUUAUAGAGGCCACUGCCAUCACCGAGGACGGAUCCAUUGUUCCGGGACCUGCUGUGGGGGGCUCUCCCGAAAUGCUGAGUGUUUCGGACAAGAUCAUUAUCGAGGUCAACACGGCCACUCCAUCGUUCGAAGGUCUGCACGACAUUGAUCUUCCGGUAAAUCCGCCCCAUAGACAACCAUAUCCUUACACUUCGGCCUCUCACAAGAACGGAAGGGUUGCAAUUCCGGUUGACCCAAGCAAGGUGGUUGCCGUUGUGGAGUCCACCACGCGUGACAAGGUUCCUCCAAACACGCCCUCGGAUGCCACUUCCAGGGCGAUUGCCGGUCACCUGAUCGACUUCCUGAACCAGGAGGUUAAGUAUGGCCGUCUCCCCGAAAACCUGCAUCCACUUCAGAGUGGAAUCGGAAACAUCGCCAACGCUGUCAUCGAAGGUCUUGCUGAUGCCUCUUUCAAGAACCUCACCGUUUGGACCGAGGUCCUCCAAGAUUCGUUCCUAGACUUCUUCGAGAAUGGUGCUUUGGACUAUGCCACUGCCACCUCCAUCAGACUGUCUGAGGAUGGUUUCGAGAGACUGUUUGCCAACUGGGACCUGUUCUCGCAGAAGCUGUGUUUGAGAUCCCAGGUGGUUUCCAACUCCCCAGAGAUCAUCAGAAGAUUGGGUGUCAUCGCCAUGAACACUCCUGUAGAGGUCGACAUCUACGGUCAUGCUAACUCCACCAACGUCAACGGAUCCAGAAUGCUGAACGGUCUCGGUGGUUCUGCCGACUUCCUCAGAAACGCUAAGCUGUCCAUCAUGCACACCCCCUCUGCCAGACCUUCCAAAACGGAUAAGACCGGAAUCUCAUGCAUUGUCCCAUUCGUUUCCCACGUCGACCAGACCGAGCACGAUUUGGAUAUCAUUGUCACCGACGUUGGUCUUGCUGAUCUGAGAGGAUUGGCUCCAAAGGAGAGAGCUGUUACCAUCAUCAAGAACUGUGCUCACCCCGACUAUGUGCCUCAGCUGCUCGACUACUACGACAGAGCACUGUUCUAUGCCACCAAGAAGAAGACUUUGCACGAGCCUCACAUCUUGAGAGAUGCCUUGAAGAUGCAUUUGAACUUUGAGGACUUCGGAACCAUGAAGAUUGAUUCCUGGGAUAAGAAGUUUUAA